AGAACCGGGGCGCGGCGAAACGCGCCGAGGCAGACCAUGGCGGCUGCGGAGCCGUACUAUGGCGCGGCCUAUGCCCCGCCGGCGCAGUACAGCAGCUCUCAACCCAUGUACAGCCCAGGUGUGAGUGUCACCUCUGGUGGAAACGUCGACCCGCGUGGGCCGGGCGGACCGGGCAUGCAGAUGUAUGCCAUGCCCAGCUACCAGCCGCCGGGCUCCCCCGGCCCCGGCCCCGGCCCCGGCCCGGGCGGCCUGGGCGGCCCGGGCGCCGGGUUGCCCCCGGGGUACUACCCGCAGGGCCCGCAGGGCCCGCAGGGCCCCGGCGCCGGCGGCGCGCCGGGUGUCGGCGCGGGCGGGAUGAGCCUGCAGCUGCAGACGCCCAAUGUGGCCCCCGGCCCCGCGCCCCAGCUCCAGGUGCCGAACCGGGAAGUGCUCUACGGGCCGCCGCCGGCCCUGACCUCGGGCUUGCCCGACCCGUCUUCGGUGGAGCGGCAGAAGGAGAACUACCUCCACUCCUUGGAGGAGCAGGAGCAGCGGAGCAACGCCUCGCUGGAGCUGCAGCGGAAGCAGCAGCUGGAGCUGAUCCACACCCAGGCGGAGCAGCAGAAGAAGCGGCUCUUCAUGCAGAUCGACCAGCAGGUCAAGACGCAGGAGAUGGCGCUGACGCAGCAGUACAACCAGCAGCUGCUGCAGCUGAACCAGCAGUACCACCAGCAGAAGGCGGCGCUGGAACAGCAGGCGAUGCAGUUGACCAUGGAGUACCAGCAGCAGAAGAUGCAGGAAGAGAUGGUGAAGAAGCAGAUGGAGCUGCACAAGGAGCACUCCGAGGUCCAGGCACGGUACCAGUCAGACCUGCAGAGGCUCCACCAGAGUGGCGGCGGGUGUGGAGGAUGCGGCCAGCAGGACCCCUAUGGUCCUGGCGCGUAUCAACCGCCUCCCAUGCAGCAGGGCCCGCAGGGCGGGUCCUGGGUGCCGCCUCCCAUGCCCAACGGCAACUACAUGCCGCCCCUUCAGCCCGGCGGCGGGGGGAGCUAUGUGCCGCCGCCCGGCGGCGGCGGCGGCGGCUCUUAUGUGCCACCAGUGGGCAUGUACCCCGACAUGCAGGUGACAGGUGGUGGCUCCUACGUGCCCCCGCCCACCUAUACCUCCUCAGGCUCCUACGUGCCACCCACCUCACUGCCCAAUGGCGUGACCCAGCCACAGGUGCCCAGCUAUGGGGUGCAGCCCACGAUGCCGGGCUUCGCGGCGCCGCCCACCACCUACGGGCCCUUGCCGCCCGCGACCGCGUACGGUUCGGCGUCCACGAACUAUCCUGGGACGCAGGUCUCAGCCCAAUGAGUGCUGGCCGCGCGUGGCGCGUUUUCGGCGUAUGCCUGGGCGGAGGGAUUUCGCCCGGAUCUCACGGUCGCAGGUCGAAUGUUGUUGGUGAAUGGUUGUCAUUGCACAUCAAGAAAAGCACAUCAACACUGCACAUCGUGUCAUCGCAGUCGAAUGA